UGAUCAAGCUAUAUGAACAUAAGACAUUGCUUAAUUUUGUGUUUACUUUGAUGUUUCUCCAGCAAUUAGUUGUGAAGGCAGUCUCUCUUGCCAUUGCUCGGGAUGGUGCCAGUGGUGGUGUUGUUCGGACAGUGACUAUCAACAAAGAUGGCGUUACUAGAAAGUUCUAUCCCGGGGACACCCUCCCUCUAUGGCAUGAAGAAAUGGAACCCCAGAAUUCACUGUUGGAUACUUUAUCAGCUGCAAGUCCUGAACCAAUGGAUCUGGCUCGUCCUAUCUGUAUGGUUUCUUUGAUCAAGCAUGGAAGGAAGGGAUGACGCGAGAAGAAGCUGAGCAAUUAGUUGUGAAGGCAGUCUCUCUUGCCAUUGCUCGGGAUGGUGCCAGUGGUGGUAGCAGAUUCACAAUUUGUUUCAGAUUAUGUACAUUACUUUCUCCACCAACACACCAAUUAGUUGUGAAGGCAGUCUCUCUUGCCAUUGCUCGGGAUGGUGCCAGUGGUGGUGUUGUUCGGACAGUGACUAUCAACAAAGACGGCGUUACUAGAAAGUUCUAUCCCGUGGGCACCCUCCCUCUAUGGCAUGAAGAAAUGGAACACGAGAAUUCACUGUUGGAUACUUCAUCAGCUGCAAGUCCUGAACCAAUGGAUCUGGCUCGUCCUAUCUGUAUGGUUUCUUUGAUCAAGCAUGGAAGGAAGGGAUGACGCGAGAAGAAGCUGAGCAAUUAGUUGUGAAGGCAGUCUCUCUUGCCAUUGCUCGGGAUGGUGCCAGUGG